AUGCAAGAAUCAGUUAUAGAAAGAUAUCUGUCGGGUGGUCGGACUAGUCGAGAUCUAGUAAAGUUAGAAAGUGAGGCUAUGGUAGAUCAUACAAAUCGGACACUCGAGGCAGUCUCCUCUUGGGGCCAGGCUAAUCUUGUGCGAUUCAACGCCACCAAAACACAAACGUGUCUAUUCACCGCCAAAAGGAGCGAGUUCACCUUAGCUCCUACUUUCCAGAAUGUUUCCCUGGAAUUCAACGACUGUCUGCAGUUAUUGGGCGUCCAAAUCUCGUCGAAUCUUAACUUUGGACAGUUCAUCGAGUCUAAGGCGAUGGUAGCUGCUAGGAAGCUUGGAAUCCUUUCCAAGGUACGGCGGUACUUCACACCUGGACAGCUAUUGACUUUGUACAAAGCACAGAUCCGACCGUGUAUGGAGUACUUCUGUCACAUCUGGGCAGGCGCUGCCAAGUACCAACUCGCGGCUCUAGACUCGGUGGAGAAACGAGUCAAAAAGUUAAUUGGUGACCAAGACCUAAAUUUAGUCAGUCUUGAACACAGACGUAAAGUAGCACGUCUCUCGGUGUUCUACAGGCUUCAUUUUGGAGAGUGUGCGCAGGAAUUACACGAGUUAAUUCCCCCAUCACCAUUUUACCACCGGACGUUCAGGCAUACGGCGGGAAUCCAUCCUUUUGUGGUAGAGUUCUAA